UUUUUCGGAUGAUAUUUUAGUUUCAGUUUGAAAUAGGUGGGGUAAUUUCUGUCAUAAAUUAAAAUUAUUCGAUACCGUCGGAGCUUUAACCGUAUCUGCAUUCAUCGGUUAUAUCCUUAGGAGGUAGCGAAAUUCUAACCUCGUUCUGCUUAUUUAUGCUCUCAAGUUGAAGCUGUCAACGAACUUAGUGAACAUCCGUCAUGGAUGACGACGUAGCUGCUCUUCAGAGGCUAGAGCACUUAAUGACGGAGUUCUUUUCUCCAGAAACAACUAACGAACGAAAACGAACGAUCGAACAAAGUUUACAUGAGUUUACUGCACAGAUUAAUUCAUGGAGGCCUUGCCUUCAUUUUUUGUCUUCAACAAAUAAUCACUAUGUCAGCAUGUUCGCUCUGUCAACAUUAGAGACUACAAUUGGAAGGCGAUGGCUUGUUUUACCAUGGGAGGACAGAGCACUCAUAAGAUCUACGUUAUAUACAUUGUCUUUAGAGCGUGGAGUUGUCCCUUUUGUUCGAAACAAAGUGGUUAAACUAGUAGUUGACAUUGCCAGGCAUGAUUGGCCACACUUUUAUCCAGAUUUCUUUUUUAAUAUAUUGCAGUUACUGGAUCAUAAGCCCACACGUUUAUUGGGUUUGGUAUACUUAAGGACAGCAUCAGAGGAGUUAGCGACACCGAGAGAAGACCUGCCUAUUCAAAGGAAGACAGAGCUGUUCAGGCUUCUAAGUGCUCAAGUUCCUCGAACUCUUGAUACACUUACAGGUCUUCUUAUUGAAUCAACGAAGCUACAAAGCCGCUCAGGAACUGUAACGCCUCCACCUUCUCCUACCAGUGGUCAGAAUGUAUAUCCUAUACGUGCAGUUUUGGAUGUUGAAGGACUAGCUACUGGAAGCAGUGAAGUGUGUAUAGCUACUCUUGAAGUUCUAGCUCAUUUAUUUAGUUGGAUUGCAUUGUCUGACCAUAUAUCUCCCAACUUAUUGGAUGCCAUUUUCGCUUGUGCCAAGUAUCACGAAUCUAUGAAUGGACGACAGUUAGACAUAGCAGUUCAAGCAGUGACAACAAUUAAUGAGUUACUUUAUCGACCAUGCUCGCCCAGUGUUACUGAACGAUUACUGUUGCAAAUCUUCCAAAAUGGUAUUACACUAUUUCAAUGUAUGGAGCGUUUAGAUGCAAUUGAUGAAAGCUAUAUGGAGAAAACAACUGAAUUUUUACAGUUAUUUGUGACAAAUCAUUUAAAGCGGAUAGAAUUAUGUCCAAAGUUUCCUGUAAAUACAUUGUUAGAAGUAUUAUGCCAUCAUACGUUCCAACAAUGUUCUACAGUGAAUGGUUAUUUGCGUUGUUUGGAAGUGUGGGCUGUAUUGUUAGAGAGCUCUCAAUCUCGUGAUGCUACUGUGGCAUUGGUUCUUGCUGAACGAGUUCUACAAAAAAUCAGUUUUAAACUUGAUGCUCAGACUUUAAAAGAUCUCGAUACAGAGACUCUUGAUGAAAACGAGGAGACUGAAUGGCAACAUUUUCUGCGGUGUAAUGUGGAAUGUUUAGCAAAAGUUGCUGACAUAUCACCAGUACCAAUAUUUACUUUGCUGUACCGAUCAUGGAGAGAAGGGUUAACAAUCUAUGUAGAAUUAGGUUCUGCAGUGGCUAGUGGUAGUGUUAUAUUAUUGAAUGACGUCGAGGCUUCUAAUGUGCAUGCUCACCUGCGGGAUCUAGCAUCAACAACUCAGGGUCUUGCACGAUUAUGCACACUCUUUACCGACGAGACAGGUACGGAUCAUUUAAUGGUUGAAGAACUGGUCAUGCAAACCUUAGAUGCUUGUAUUUUUGCCAGAGAUAAUCAGCUCUAUAAAGCUGCAAUACAGCCCUCUGUGAUUGUCCUGGAUCUCAUUGAAGUACAUUCCCAACUGCUAGCGUCAUUACAAGCAUGGUGUCACUGGAUAGCGAAGCGACCAGAAAUCACGAGAGAUGUAUUAUGUCUACGAUGUGUACGUUGUUGCAUCUGGGCAUUAUCAUAUGCAACAUCUUGCGAUGUUCCAGGAAAUCUAAUCCACUCAGCGGCUCACCUCCUGCAGAGUGUGACUGCAAUACUUAAGCCCAAUUUAUGGGACCGGCCAACAUUUAGAGAUUUACUAUGCAUAGGCAAUCACUCAUACCUCAAACCGGAUACAGCAAAGGUUCUGCGAAGAGCGUUAACAAAUGGAAUAGUUCUUCCUCAUUUAGAUGCUGUAACCCGACAAAGACUUAUGGGUACCAUGGUAGCAGCUCUUGCCGAACCUUUGGGUCCUCAAGGUCAUGCAGUACCUUCCGAGGCAGCAAUCAUAGCUGCAUUAGUUCCUCUGAAACAAUUGCUCGAGGAUUGUUGUCCACCUUCAACAGCCAUCAAAAAGUUGCUGCAUUCUUGUCUGGAGGGCACAAUAAAUCGAACUCUUGAGCUGCUGCCUCAUUUUGUUCGAUGUCAGGGUACCUGUGAAUCUCUACUUACUUUCCUACAUGCAACAUUCCUAGUUUUGCAGGAACAAUUGGGUCCAGAAUUUACCCAAAAUGCUGUACAAGGAAUACUACACAUUUACACACGAGAAAACAUUUCAGCAGGGCCAGCGCUGGAUCAAUUUCUGGAAAUAUUGAUACUAGUAGUAUCUGCCCCAAGCAACGCAUUCAAGGCGUUCGUACCCUCUGUAAUCGGUCUCUGCUUAGGACGUAUCUGGCCCUUGCUUUCUAAUGAUCUCAGUGCACAUCCAGAUACCACUCUCGUUCUUUUACGACUUUUUCAUAGUAUAUUGAUGCAUCGGUGGCAAUACUUUUACAAUGCUUCGGUGUUGCGAACGUUUGGUCAUCCUGACAGCGAUGAGCCUGUUGCACAUAAGGAGGAAAUCGUUGCCAUCAUUGAGGCUUUUGGGCAAGCUCUUUUACAACCAGACGUUAACAUAUUUCGACAGAGUCUUUUAAGUCUGGAACACUUAAACUCGAGAUGGCGUCUUUAUCAAAGAUCCAUAUUUAACAAUGACUUCUUGGAGAGAUUCCUGAUGGCUCUAUUUACAGUUCUAUUUCAACGAUCUCAUAAUUUAUUAGCCGAUGAAAUAGCGACCGCAGUGCACAGUCUGGUCACCGUAAAACCUGUAAACUGGUUCUAUGGAUAUUUCCUACCAAAGUUCAUAGCCAGUUGUGAAGGUCUUGAUGAUGUACAGAAGAACUCGCUAUUAAAUAAUUUCGAAAAAGCAACCGAUCAACCAACGUUGACAAGAUCUGUUUUGCGAUUGGUUUCCGACUUAAGGUGUUAUCAGCUCUGCCGACCGGACUUAACGACUCACUUUCGGGGCUGUAAAAUCGAAUAAUACGCGCCAUGCCGAGUAUUUUAAAAAAUAUGAAAGUACUUCUCCGUUAAGUCGUCAAUUAUUCCGAUGAAUAGAGUGCAUAUGCGUCCGCGGAAGAUAAUACGUGAACAGGAGCAUUUACAGUAAUUAUCGUUCACGGUACAACAUUGUAUGUGAAUCACUGCCGUACGUUUCAUACGAUUUUAUUAUGAAAUUUUAUUGUUAUUAAUCAAACUUGUCUUUUGAUACAAAUUACUCAGUUUUCAUUCAGAACUGUUAACGUUCUAUCACCCAUCAUUUGCAUUGUAAAUACCAUAAAUUUAAUCAACGUAUUCAUUAUAUGUAUAAACGUAUACAGUAGGUACAUUGUUCAUCUUCAAAUCUUUUUACGUUUUUCAUCUAAAGAUGAAUAUAUAAUAAGAGUAACUUGUAACAGUGUACAGAUUCUUUAACCACGAGUAUCGGAUGAAAAAUAUUAAAGAUCAAAAUGUCUUUAAUGAAAAUGUUAUUCACUUAAUAAUGAUUUUCCGAAUCUUGUAAUACUAUGUAAAGUGCAAUAAUGACUUAUAAGCGUUUAUGAAAAUAAGCACUUAUAUAUUAAGAAACGCGGUAGUGUCCAGUAGCGUCUCAGCAAGUUCAUGACCGCUACCGCUCCCUUUUACUCGAUAUUUUCAACUACAAUAGUGUUUUAAUUCAAUUCGACAUCGUGAAUUAUUAUAACAUAUAUAAAUCCUAACGAGGUGAUGUAUUUAAAUAUAUACAAAUUUCAUUUGAAA